CUUGACCGUCGCCCGUUUUUUUUUUCUCUUCAUGGAAGGAGCUUCUCGGACGCUACUUGGACCGAGCGGAGGCUCCGGCUGAGGGGAAGGAAGAGCCGCGCUCGGAGCUCGUGGCGCCAAGCCGGAGGCCCCGAAGCGUUGAGGCGGCGGGUUGCAUCUGAACAGAAUAUGAACGGUGACCCUCACCCUUAAAUUUUGGCUUCGUUUCCACUCGGUCUUGUCUGAAAUGGAGUACAGGGCCGAUCUGUUGAAUCCCGAGUGACCGGAUCCCGUAAUGAAAAAUGGAGAAAAAACGGAGAAAGAAAUGAGCCUGAUGAUUAGGCUUCAUCCGGAAAGACUAUGCAGACGAGACUUUUGCUUGGCUCGGACAAAACUUUUAACGCCGUCAACUUAAAGAGCGCUUAAAAGAGCAGCUUUCCCUGAAAUUAAGAGACUGGGGGGGGGGGGGGGGAGGGAGAGAGAAAAAACUGAUUCAUGGAGGAUCACUGUGUGAAUUGAAUCCAUGGAAAUCUGGAAAUGAAACCUCCUCCUUUCCUGACCAUGCGGCUUGCAAACACCUGGUUGUUUCUAACGGCAAUUUUACUCUGCGGCAAACAGCAUCUGGGCACCAGGCUGGGGAACUCCUCUCACGAAAGUCAUUUAUGUCCCGACUGCUCUCAUCUGACCCUGAAGGUGGAAUUCUCCUCAACCGUCGUGGAACACGAAUAUAUCGUGGCGUUCAACGGCUACUUUUCAGCCAAAGCGAGAAGCAAAUUUAUUUCAAGAGCGCUGAAGAGCAGCGAGAUAGAAAACUGGAGGAUUGUGCCCCGCAACAACCCAGCCAGCGAUUACCCCAGUGACUUUGAAGUGAUCCAGAUCCACGAGAAUCAGAAAGUCGGAGUGGAGACCCUUGAAGACCAUCCCAAUAUCAAACGGGUUACGCCACAAAGAAAAGUCUUUCGCUCGCUAAAGUACACCGAGACAGAUUCAGCUACUCCUUGCAAUGAGACCAGAUGGACGCAGAAGUGGCAGUCUUCCCGCCCGCUCCGAAGGGCAAGCUUGUCUCUGGGUUCCGGGUUUUGGCACGCGACGGGCAGGCACUCCAGCAGGCGCUUGCUGAGAGCAAUACCUCGGCAGGUGGCACAGACCCUUCAGGCAGACGUGCUCUGGCAAAUGGGUUUUACAGGAGGCGGUGUAAGAGUGGCUGUCUUCGAUACUGGACUCAGCGAGAAACAUCCACACUUCAAAAAUGUAAAAGAGAGGACAAACUGGACAAACGAGAGAACUUUGGAUGAUGGCCUGGGCCACGGGACCUUUGUCGCAGGCGUGAUAGCUAGCAUGAGAGAGUGCCAAGGAUUUGCUCCAGACUCCGAACUGCACAUAUUCAGGGUCUUCACUAACAAUCAGGUUUCAUAUACAUCUUGGUUUUUGGAUGCUUUUAACUAUGCUAUCUUAAAGAAGAUCGACGUGUUGAACCUUAGCAUUGGAGGCCCAGAUUUUAUGGACCAUCCGUUUGUAGACAAGGUGUGGGAAUUGACAGCCAAUAAUGUUAUCAUGGUCUCUGCUAUUGGAAAUGAUGGUCCUUUGUAUGGCACACUCAAUAAUCCGGCCGACCAAAUGGACGUGAUUGGAGUUGGUGGCAUUGACUUCGAAGAUAAUAUCGCUCGGUUCUCCUCCAGAGGGAUGACCACAUGGGAACUUCCUGGAGGUUAUGGGAGAGUCAAGCCUGAUAUCGUGACUUAUGGCUCUGGUGUGAGAGGAUCUGGCAUGAAGGGGGGUUGCCGCUCACUCUCCGGGACAAGCGUGGCCUCCCCUGUUGUGGCAGGCGCGGUCACGCUUCUAGUAAGCACAGUUCCGAAGCGUGAAAUGGUGAACCCAGCUAGCAUGAAACAGGCUCUGAUCGCUUCAGCACGCCGGCUUCCCGGGGUCAACAUGUUUGAACAAGGGCAUGGCAAACUUGAUCUUCUCAGAGCCUAUCAGAUUCUCAACAAUUACAAGCCCCAGGCCAGCUUGAGUCCAAGUUACAUUGACUUGACGGAAUGCCCUUACAUGUGGCCCUAUUGCUCUCAGCCCAUCUACUACGGAGGCAUGCCCACGAUUGUCAACGUCACCAUCCUGAAUGGAAUGGGAGUCACUGGAAGAAUCAUAGACAAGCCGGAUUGGCAGCCGUACUUGCCACAAAACGGAGAUUACAUUGAGGUGGCCUUCUCCUAUUCUCCUGUUUUAUGGCCCUGGUCAGGGUACCUCGCCAUUUCCAUCUCCGUCGCCAAGAAAGCAGCCGCUUGGGAAGGCAUAGCACAAGGUCACGUCAUGAUCACCAUUUCCUCCCCAGCAGAGAAUGAGUCAAAAGUUGGUGCUGAGCAAACUUCAACCGUGAAACUCCCCGUCAAAGUGAAAAUUGUCCCAACCCCCCCUCGGAAUAAGCGGAUCUUGUGGGAUCAGUAUCACAAUCUUUGCUAUCCACCGGGAUACUUUCCAAGGGAUAAUUUAAGAAUGAAGAAUGAUCCAUUAGAUUGGAAUGGUGACCACAUUCAUACCAACUUCAGAGAUAUGUACCAACAUCUGAGAAGCAUGGGCUAUUUCAUUGAAGUUCUUGGUUCACCAUUUACAUGCUUUGAUGCCAGUCAGUAUGGAACAUUAUUGAUGGUAGACAGCGAGGAAGAGUAUUUCCCAGAAGAAAUAAUCAAGCUGAGAAGGGAUGUUGACAACGGACUGUCGCUCGUGGUGUUCAGCGAUUGGUACAACACCUCCGUGAUGAGGAAGGUCAAGUUUUAUGAUGAAAACACGAGGCAGUGGUGGAUGCCAGAUACCGGAGGAGCAAAUAUUCCAGCGCUAAACGAUCUUCUCUCUGUCUGGGGCAUGGCCUUUAGCGAUGGGCUCUACGAAGGAGACUUUACGUUGGAAAGCCAGGAAAUGAAUUAUGCCUCAGGAUGUAGUAUCGCAAAAUUUCCAGAAGAUGGCGUUGUCAUUGCACAGACUUUUAAGGAUCAAGGUCUGGAGGUUUUAAAGCAAGAGACGGCCACCGUGGAACACGUCCCCAUUUUGGGCCUUUUCCAAGUUCCCACAGAAGGUGGGGGCCGGAUAGUUUUGUACGGGGACUCAAACUGCCUGGACGACAGCCACCGGCAGAAAGAUUGCUUCUGGCUGCUCGAUUCCAUUCUGCAAUAUACGUCCUACGGAGUGAUGCCACCGAGCCUCAGCCAUUCGGAACACAGGCAGCGGCCCCCAACUGGGGCAGGUUAUAUUCUUCCAGAGAGAAUGGAAGGGAACCACCUUCAUCGCUACUCCAAAGUGCUCGAGGCUCAUCUGCGCGACCCGAAACCCCGCUCUCUUCCGGCGUGUCCUCAUUUGUCCUGGGCGAAGCCACAACCUCUGAAUGAAACAGCACCCAGCAACCUUUGGAAACAUCAGAAGUUAUUAUCGAUUGACCUGGAUAAAGUGGCAUUGCCAAGCUUCCACCAGAACCGGCCCCAAGUCAGACCUUUAUCACCGGGAGAGAGUGGAGCAUGGAAUAUUCCAGGAGGAAUCAUGCCCGGACGCUACAAUCAGGACGUGGGAGGGACGAUUCCCGUCUUCGCUUUCCUCGGUGCCAUGGUGGUCCUGGCCUUUUUCGUGGUCCAAAUCAAGUCCAAGAGCAGGCCAAAGAGACGGAAACUUCGAGUCAAACGGCCACAAAUCAUACAGCAAGGCCACCUUCCAAAGACGCCCUCCGUUUGAUUGCUGCAGCCAAAGAUGGAUCGCUUUUUCCCUGACUGCUUUGUGGAAUUGCGAUCGACUGCUGAAGACCGUUGUCCUUGAACCUAGCACCCAUCUCCUUUUGCCUUGGGUGAUUGGCAAGUGAGGUCUCCACGGACGAUCUUCAGAUUUAUAAAAAAACCCACGCUAUUAUUUUUCAGUAGCUGAACUAACCAAAGGCUUAAACGCUAUUUAAGAAGGAGUCAGUUGCUUCUGAGUUUGGCAAGAUCAUCUUCUUCUUUUUUUUUUUUCCUUUUGACAUUGACCAAACCUUUUCAUUAGAGGCUAUUUUCUGUAUUUAUUUUCAGAAGGGACCAGGGGAAGAUUCUCAUCAAGGCUCUUGACUCACGGAUGGCGGCACCAUUUUUUUUUUUUCCCCCUGAAUGGUGUGCCUUUUUUAAAAAUUUUAUGUUCUCUCUUUAUGAAGACAAAUAGAACUCAGGUCAUCCUCCUGUAAGGAUGAGAAAGAAACCGACAGUUUGAACAAAGUAGGAGCAAAUCGGUGUGGCUGAUUUGUCUGAUCAGUGCGGACCUGUAGUCCUUUCAUUUAUUUUUUAUAAAAGCAACUUACCAUGAGGGUUUUGUAAUUCUUCAGCAUGAUUUCACUGUUGCUGGUGGACAAAUUUUUUUUCAAUAAAUAUGCUAUCUCUAUUGAAACGGAAACAACAAA